UUGCUGAGGCUGACAGGGAGUUUGAUGAUGCUCAUGGUGAUGGCGGUGAUACAGGAGCAAGGCUGAGUUCGCCCUCCCUCUUCUCUCUUCCCUUUUUUUAGCCCCUUCCCCCCGUCCAUUCCACUUUGGAGCACCUACAUUUCAAUUCAAAGAUAGCGACGUGAAAUAAAAAAAAAAAAAGGCAGAUCGGGAGGACCUGCAGGAUUCACCGUCCUCCUUGUCUCCGGAGCCGAGAUGGGUAACGAAGCGAGCAUGGAGGGCGGCGGGCAGCCCGGAGAGGCCGGGAUGAUGGGCUCCGUGCUGCCCGGAGGACACCCAGCGAGUACAGGGCCGGGAGGACAACAACACAUGAAGCCCGUGAACGGCUCCGCUGCCGGUGGCGGGAUGGGAGUCGGAGGCCCCGGAAUGGGGAUGACGAGGGCUGCAGUGGGUCAGAUGGGUAGCCCCAAGCCUGGCAUGCAGCAAGGAGGGAUGGGAGGCAUUGGAGGAAUGGGGGGCAUGGGAGGUGGCAUGGGAGGCAACAUGGUAGGGAGCAUGGGAGGUGGCAUGGGAGGAGGAAUUGGAGGUGGCAUCGGAGGAGGAAUGGGAACAGGAAUGGGAAGCGGAGGAGGAAUGGCCACAGGAGGAGGUAUAGGCUCUCGAAGCGGUGAACCCUAUCGUCUGGCCACCCAUGAUAAUCACACCUCCCCACGUCACAUGCAGUCAAGCCAGGGCUCUGGCACGGGGCAAGGCUCUGCCCAUGGAAUGGGCCAUGGUUCAGGGGGGUCCAACAUGGGAACCCAUGCUGGACAGAGUCCUGGACAACACGCCUCCCGUCGAAACCUCCAAGUUGACUUCAACAGUUCAGGUGGCUCCAGAACGGGCCGCUCUCCGUCUGUGUCACCGGACCGCGGUAUGACGCCCACUUCGCCCUACUCGGUGCCACAGAUCGCCCCCAUGCCGAGAAGCAAAUUAUGUCCGGUGUGCACCACCACCGAGCUCUCCAACCCACCAGCUGUGCCCAACUACAACACCUGUACCCAGUGUAAGGCCACCGUGUGUAACCAGUGUGGAUUCAACCCCAACCCACACCUCACUGAGGUCCAGGAGUGGCUGUGUCUAAACUGUCAGAUGCAGAGAGCUCUUGGCAUUGACAUGACCACGCCUCGUUCCAAGAGCCAACAACAGAUCCACUCUCCGUCACACCAAGCAAAACCUAUUGUCCAAACUCAGCAGGCUACACCUCAGCCAACAGAGCCAACGACUGCAGCACGGCCCAAACCUUUGGCCCAAAGCCAGCCGGCCCAGCAACAGCAGCAGCAGCAGCAGCAACAACCGCAGUCUCAACUUUAUGGCCAGAAUCAGCCCUACUCCCAGUCUCAGUCUCAGUCAUAUUCCCAGGCACAAACAUACCCCCAGUCGCAGCCAUAUUCCCAGGCCCAGACAUAUCCUCAAUCCCAGCAGUAUCAACAGUCUCAGCAGUACCCGCAGUCACAACAGUACCCUCCGUCUCAACAGUACCCCCAGUCCCAGCAGCAUCCCCAGGCUCAGCAGUAUCCCCAGUCUCAGCAGUUCCCCCAAUCGCAACAGUACCCCCAGUCCCAGCAGUAUCCCCAGUCCCAGCAGUAUCCCCAGUCCCAGCAGUACCCUCAGUCUCAGCAGUAUCCCCAGGCUCAGCAGCAGCCUUACACACAGUCCCAGUCUGGACCCCAGGCUCAGCAGCAGCCUUACACACAGUCCCAGUCUGGACCCCAGGCUCAGCAGCAGCCUUACACACAGUCCCAGUCUGGACCACAGGCUCAGCAGCAGCCUUACACACAGUCCCAGUCUGGACCUCAGGUUCAGCAGCAGCCUUACACGCAGUCCCAGUCUGGACCACAGGCUCAGCAACAGCCUUACCCGACAUCACAGUUUGGACCCCAGGGUCAGCAGCAGCAGGUGCAGCAGCAGCCUUAUAACCAGUCCCAGUCAGGACCCCAGAGUCAGCAAUAUCCCCAUACUCAGCAGUUUCUCCCGGCUCAGCAGCAGCCUUAUCCACAGUCCCAAUCAGGGCCCCAGACUCAGCCUCAUAGUUCCCAAGGCUUACAGAGUCGCUCAUCUUCUGGUGACCCCCAGGGCCAGACAGGUCCCUCCCAUCAGGGUAUGAGAGGUCCAGGAACUGGUUCUGCAGGCCUCAUCCAACCUGGGGGUCCACGGAUUCCCCAUCCUGGUGCUGUACCGCUCCCAGGCUUAACUAAAGCACCCUCCCAACCUGAUUUGGGUCAUGGCUCUCCUAUGCACCAGUCCAUGGCGCGGCACCAUGACCACACCCGAAGUGCUGGCUCCUCUCCAGCUCAUAAGCCCCAGAGUCAAGCCCAUCCUCCAGCCCAGGACGGAUUGACCAAGCUGUUUGGCUUUGGGGCGUCCUUGCUCAAUCAAGCUAGUACAUUGAUCAAUGUCGACCCUUUGCCCACCUCUAGCCAUCCCAGUCCUGCACGAAGCAAAGUGAUGUUCAGUAAUGCAACUGACACCAAACCGCAACAACAAGGGGCCUCAGCUGCUAAACCACAUGGGGGGAUGGGGGCUUCUCACGGUCCAACUCCAAUUGGCGGUCCUCAUGCACAGAGUCAAAUGGGUGGCCAACAUCCACCAAACCAAAUUCGCGGCCCUCAUGGACCAAACCUUAUAGGUGGACCACAUGGACCAAGUCAAAUGGGGGUUCAAAUGGGGGGUUCCCAUCCACCAAGCCAGGCGGUAGGUUUGCAUGCACCAAAGCAACAGCAGCAGAGCCUACCACAUCAACAAGGAAUGCCUCCACAUCAGUCGCCUGCUCUUCUUCAAAAAGAUUCACAUCAAAUUCAAGGGCAAGAACAUCAGCAGACACCAUCACAUAUGCAGAAGGUGGAACCAAAGCAGGAACCCGUGACCGCUCCCGUAGCAGCUCCGGAGCCAGUGAAGCCCAAAGUGAACUGUCCUCUUUGUAAAACAGAGCUGAACAUCGGCAGUACCGAUCCGCCCAACUACAACUCCUGUACACAGUGCCACACUCAAGUGUGCAACCUGUGCGGCUUCAACCCCACGCCACAUCUGGUGGAGAAAAAAGAAUGGCUAUGUCUCAACUGCCAAACACAGCGGCUAAUGUCUGGAGGUGGUCUUGAUGAACCCCCUCUCCCCGUUCCCCACCCGUCUCCCAAACAUCAACCUUCUGGUUCUCCCCGCCACCAGCCUGCAGCCAGUCAGCAAAGCCCUCUCCACAAAUCCAGCAAUCAGCAGGGGUCCAAACUAGCCCAGCCCCAGAUUCAGAAACCAGGGAGUGGCGGUAGCGAAACGUUUGGGGUCAGUGCUGCCAAACCGGCAACAGAUACAAAGACAACAACGCCAGUUAUAUCAACUGGACCAAUGACGGAGACCCAGAAGAAGACGAAAACCACGGAUGAAAAGACCAAGGCAGCUCCUGAAACCCAAAUUGGCAAAGAGACGAAACCUGCUUUGAAGAAAGGCGAGCAGAUAACACCAAUCAAGGAAAUUAAGAAGUCCAGGCAUUAUGAUGACACCAAAAACAACAGCACACAUGACCUGUCACGCAGCCCCCAAAGUCUCAGCGACACGGGUUACUCCUCUGACGGCAUCUCCAGCUCCCACAGUGAAAUCACCGGUCUGAUUCAAGAGGAGGAGAUGAAACUGAGCGAAAGGGGCAUCAGCGGUCGAGGUUCCCCGCCAAGCCCUUCCGAAAUCACAAAGCUGGAAAGCUCCAUGAGGCCUUUGCUGGAAAAAAGCCUCUCUGAAGAGAAAGCAGACAGAAGGGGUCGGAAGCACAGGGAUAGGGACUUGGAUGACAGAGGGAAGCAGCGGCCCCGCUCUCUGUCAAUCCCACCUGAUGCAUACGACUCGGAUGAGGAACUUGAGGAUAUAUUGGAAGAGGAAGAAGAUGGCGGAGACUGGGAAGGCAAAUGGAAGGAAGGGAAAGAGGACAAGAAAAAGAAAGAAAAGGACGCCGAGCCCACAGAGAUGACUGAUGAAGAGUUCAUGAGGAGACAGAUCAUGGAGAUGAGUGCCGAUGAGGAAAACGACGAUGAGGAGGAGAUGGAAGAAGAUGAAGAUGAGGAGGAUGAAGGAUAUGGCUAUGAGCGAAAGAAAAGCCACCAUAAACACACCAUAUCCGACACUUCAAAAGAGAAGCGGCGCCUCCAGCAUCACUCCAGCAGUUUUGAGGAGGAAACAAAAAGCUCCACAGAUGUCUACAAGAGCUCGGUGGAAGAAGGUGAGGAAGACCUGAUGGCUUCACAAGGCGGUCUGAGGCGCUUUAAAACCAUUGAACUCAACAACACAAACAGCUACAGCCGAGACAUUGAACUCAGCACAGAAAACGACUUGAGCCUCGAUCGAGAACCUGAACUAGAAAUGGAAAGUUUAACAGGCUCUCCUGAAGAGCGUUCCCGGGGUGACUACUCCUCCACUUUGCCGCCAACUUCGUCCUCGUAUGGCUCGGGACAGUCCCCUACUUCUAUCUCAUCAAUGGAGGAAGACAGCGAUAGUAGUCCCAGCAGGAGACAAAGGUUAGAAGAAGCCAAGCAACAGAGAAAAGCUAGACAUCGUUCCCAUGGACCUCUCCUUCCUACAAUUGAAGACUCAUCAGAAGAAGAUGAACUGAGAGAAGAAGAAGAACUUCUAAGAGAGCAGGAGAAGAUGAGGGAGGUGGAACAACAGAGAAUUAGGAGCACAGCUCGCAAAACCAAGCGAGAUAAAGAGGAACUGAGGGCUCAAAGACGUAGGGAGAGGUCCAAGACGCCGCCCAGUAACCUCUCACCUAUUGAAGAUGCUUCUCCAACAGAGGAGCUGAGGCAAGCGGCGGAAAUGGAAGAACUCCAUCGCUCCUCUGCAUCUGAAUACUCUCCUCAGAGUCUGGAUUCGGAAGCUGAGGGAUACGAGUCCAAACUUUACAAGUCAGGCAGCGAGUACAACCUUCCGAACUUUAUGUCCCUUUACUCUCCAAUGGAAAAAUCUUCCACGACAAUGACAACAAUAGCUCCAUCGUCCACUUCCAAACCAUUAAAAAGUGCAGAGGAGGUUUACGAGGAGAUGAUGAGGAAAGCAGAGUUACUUCAAAAACAACAGAAACUGCAGCAACAGCAGCAGCAACAAGUCCGACAUGGCCAGUACUACGAGGAAGACAUUAACGGACAAGGCUAUGAUGACGAAUACGAUUAUGAACAAGAUCAAACCGGAUAUGAUAAUGAAGCCGCCGAGAUAGAAACUGAUAUUUACAAGGAGAUUCGACAAACUUCUCAGAACAUCACAAAAAUGCAACAAGCCACCGACGAGCAAGUGGAGAUCGAGAUUGAGAACUCCUACCAAGAUAAACAGUUCCUGGACACAGGUUCAGCCUUUGCGAAGCUACUUGAGCAAAGCAAUGCUCUUCUAACUCCAGGAACUAGCCCUACACAGAUCUCCGCACCGGUUUCCUUUGCCGAAACCGGAGGUCGCAUUCCGGAUGUCAGAGUAACGCAACACUACGCCGCGAAGGACGCCCACAAAGAUAGAUUUAAAAGCCAAGCUGGGAAAAAUGGAAUCACGCCAACGGCAGCUGCAACUACGAUUGCGGCGUAUGGAGUCUACGCUAGAGAUGCUAUAACUAUUUCUCAAACAAGUACCAGCCCCACGAUGACAUCCACUCAGUCCGCUAUGUAUGGCCGACACACAGGAAGUCCGGCAACAUCUUCAGCGACAGUCUCAAGUGUAUGCAGCAAGAUUGCAGAGAUUACCCAAGCCUACAGUCAAAGAGAGGUCAUUACCAGAAGAGUAGGGGACACUCGGAGUGGUGCCCACGUUCGAGAAAGUUCAACAUCUGCUUCAGAGCCACGCUCUCCGAAGUAUACAACCUACUACAGGAGCACCAGCCCACCUCUUUCUCCAUCUCCACCUCCACAAAGUCCCACCCGUUCCCCCUCCAGGAGGGCUACGGCCGAGUUCUCCACACAAACUUUCAAUUCAGCACUACGAAUGGACCCGGGUGGUUCUGCGCCGACAUCUCCGGUUAUGGCUCAGGGAACCCAAACAUCACACAGAUCGGUUUCCCCGCGACUCUACCGGCAGCAAUCUUCCCAAGACGCGUCAUACUCGCCGCCGGCAAGCCCAGCUCGGCCGAUAACCGUCAAUACGGCGACAUCACCUCUGUCUUCACCGACACACUUUUGCCGUCAAUCGACAUUUGACUCCUAUUCACCAUGUGGUAGUCCUCCAGAUACGCCACCUUACCAACACUCGCCGACACGCAGCUUCUACAGAACCCAAAGAAUAGAAAAGGUCAAUGUUGGAACAAGUAUGGCGACCACAGUCAGCACUUAUACUAGAGGAUCUGUUUCUAUGGAUAAUAUCUCCCUGUGCCGUAUAUCUACAGUUCCUGGGACAUCCCGGGUAGAGCAGGGUCAUAUGAUCCAAGGUGGAAGUGUUGUCGACCUCAGGACCGUUACCAAACCAGCUCCAAUCAUUAUGACCGAUCAAGGAAUGGAUCUCACGUCUCUAGCCACUGAAUGCAGGAAAUACCACGGUGGACCAGAGGGGGGCCGACAUUCAACAAUUGUACAGCCGCUGAUUAUGAACCUGAACGCCCAAGAAAGCAUCACGCCAACUACUGUAAGCGUAACAGUGGCAGCUUCGAUGUUCAUGAGCCAACCCAAACAGCCGAUGGUCUAUGGCGAUCCCUAUCACAAUAGAGUGGACUUAGGUCAGGGCAUGGGUUCUGCUGUGUGUUUUUCCCAGAACAAACCCCCGCUGUCACCGCCAACUGACCCCUCAAUACCAAAAAUCGAUGCUAAACUUGAGGAUCUCAGUAUUCAACAGAAAGAACUCCAAAAACAACAAGAGAAGUUGCAGAUGCAACAAGAGCUUCUGGAGCAGCAGCUGCAGCACCAUCACCAGAUGCAACAUCAGCAGCAACAGGUAUCCGUUUUAGCCAGAUAUAACCUUCCCGGCCAGGCCCCGCCCAUGCUGAAAAAAGACAUGCUGGUUAGCCAGACUAGCAAUGCCUCAGCUGUUGUCAGUGCUGUAUCGCCAGUCGUCAACCCUGACUUGUAUGGCACUGGGCCCAUUGAGCUAAAAGGCAAGCCCAGUCCUCCUGGCGUGGUUACAGGAGGGAAACUACCACAUAGUAUGGUAGUACAAAUGGAUACAGGGCCAGAGCAAGCCAGGGCGGUGACCCAGCUAAUUAAAGUCGAAGAAGGACAAGAUGCUGUAGAUCUCACAGGAGGCCAAAUUAAACCGGACAACCAACCAGCUUGCUGUGAUGUUUACCGACUUCCAUUUGGUGGAAGCUGUGUUGGUGGUAACGAGAAGGAGGGCGUACGGCCUCCUUCUGCACCUCCUCUGUCCUACGAUUCUGACCAAGAAAGACAACCAGUAAGGUACCAUGAGUAUCCAAUGGACGGCCGGAAGUCUUACACAUUGCCUUAUCCUGGUAGGCUUCAACCGUCAAUGUCUGAUACCAACCUGGCUGAGGCGGCACUCCAGUCUUAUCAUUCUAAACUGGAACCACACCUUCAAGGAGAUCUUACUGUGGAUUUAAAUGCAGUAAAACAUGGUUAUGGAGGAUACAUUGGAAUGCAGUAUGGGUCCUACACAGAUCUGCGACAUGGAGGGGACAUUUCUGCCCCGACAUUACCAAUAAGGAGAUAUAAUUCCCUGUCUAACAUCAAUUCUGAUUAUGGCUACUCUGCUCGUGAUAUUGCCAAUUUCCAGGAAGCUAAUCUGGCUCAGUAUAGUGCCACGACUGCCAGAGAGAUCAGCCGAAUGUGUGCUGCACUGAAUUCCAUGGAUCGGUAUGGAAGCAAUCCAGACUUGAUGCAGUUUGGUAGCUUAGGAAGAGGAACCAGCUCAGCGACCUCAAGACUGUCAGCUGGCCUUGGAUUAAGACAAAACCUGAUGUUUGGAUUAGAUGGAAAGCCGUUAUCUCACAACCAAGCGCUUACCAACCUAAUCAAUGCCAGACAAGCCAGUCUCAGAGCGUUGUACCCUGCGGCCAUUAGGUCCUCUGAUGGAAUGAUCUACUCUACCAUCCAGACACCCAUUGCUUCGACGUUACCGAUUACAACCCAGCCUUCUUCUGUUCUUCGUCCACUACUCAGAGGUGUUUACAGGCCUUAUCCAUCUCCCAACAUGACAGCUGUACCACUCUCCAGUCUCACCAGAUUACCCAUGACUCCCAGAAUGUCCUUAUCUGGACAAGCUCCAAUACGUUACCCCGGACCGGGUCUUCUCCAAAUGACAACCACUGCCACCAUCGCUGCUGCAAUAACAACUUCAACACCAGCAAGUGCCCAAGUCUCUGUUCCAAUGACAACCACCCCCUCGACAGUCCAAGAUGAACCCGUUUACCUUGGUAAGGGUGCUAAUGUGACCUCUUCCUCAGCUGAGGUUUGCUCCGUGCCAGGAGCUCAUGUGAUCCCAACCGAAACACAGCAGCAACCACUAAACAUGUCCCAAGCCCACCUGAACAGCCAACAACAGCAACAAGCAACAAUCGCUCAGUGCUACACGUCAUCCGGCCCUCCUGCUUCCUCAAGUGGUUUACCAGUCCAAGGGGGUCUACCUCCAUUCCCCCCGCCAGGUGCUAUACACAAAGAGGGUGAAAGUGAAGCAGAAAGGCUGCAUCGACAGCAAGAGCAGCUCCUCCAGAUGGAGCGGGAGCGUGUCGAGUUAGAGAAACUCCGCCAAUUGCGCUUGCAAGAGGAAUUGGAACGGGAAAGGAUGGAGCUGAAAUUGCACAGGGAAAAGGAGCAGAUCCUGGUGCAGAGAGAAUUGCACGAGCUGCAGAACAUCAAGGAACAGGUUCUACAGCAACAGCAACAAGAACGAGAGAAACAGCUUGUGGUCCAAAGGGAACAGCUCGCCCAGCAGAAGUCCCAGUUAGACCAGAUCCAGUCCUUACAGCAACAGCUCCAGCAGCAGCUUGAAGAACAGAAGCGGCAGAAAACCGCUGCAGCCCAAAACAUGCAGAUGGACACGGAUGGACAACCUCUCCAUCCUUUCACUGACCCUCAAAUUGGAUCCCGGUCCCUCCCAAACUCCUCUUCGGAGAUGUGUCUGAGGAUUCACGAUGAGCACGUUGAGACCAGAAGCAACAUGAGGAAACACAGUUCCAUGACCAGACUGAGCAGAGACAGUUUAGACGGAGAAGGCGUGGUCUUCCAUGUCUCCCCACGCAGGAACGUGGACAGUUGUGUACAAACAGAUGACGAAGAUGGAGAGGAGAGGUACAUGAUGCGUCAUCGAACCAGGAGGCGUGGACGUAGCGUGGACUGCUCAGUUCAGACAGAUGACGACGAGGACAAAGCUGAAACUGGACAGCCAGUGCGCCGUAGACGUUCCCGUUACUCUCGGCAUUCUGAAUCCACCGCCACUGGCGGCGUUCCUGCCACAACCACGGCAAGCACCGUGUCCAAAACCAGGACCGCCAAUAUGGUGUCCUCCAGUAUCGCGGUCCAAACCAUCAGGGAAAUGUCUUGCCAGACCGAAGUAGAACACCUUGGAAGGGUCUCCCCCGCGAUCCAUGUGACAUUACCAGACCCAAAUAAAGUAGAGAUUGUGCAUUAUAUAUCAGGACCGGAACGGACCACAAAGGGACAGUCGCUAGCAUGCCAGACUGAACCAGAAGCCCAGUCUCAAGGUGUUGUCGCUCCGCAGCUCAGCAUACCAACCACAGUGAGCCCCUACUCUUCCUCCACCGGCUGUGGAACCCAGCAGUCUGGUUCUGCUGACAUUUCCACACAUCACCGCCAGCAGCAGCAUAUCACAGCAAACGCCGCCAAGUUUGAACGCCGGCGUCCCGACCCGCUUGAUAUUAACUACCAGCCUCACAACCACCUACACAACGAGUCCAUCUCCAGCAUCAUCCGGCAGCAGCAGACAGUUCCGAAAUCCCCACAGGUCCUCUACUCUCCUGUCUCUCCCGUGUCUCCGCAUCGCUUGUUGGAGAAUUCGCUAUCCAGUGAAAGGUUGAACAAGGCUCAUGUGACCCCUCAGCAGAAGUCGUACACCGCUGAAUCCCCACAGCGACAUCCUUCUGUGCCCAAACCAAUGAAGACCACACAAAGGUCCAUGUCAGAUCCCAAAUCUCUCAGUCCUACUGCCGAUGAGCACACCAGGGCAAGGCUGUCCCUGUAUCAACAACAAGCACUCCAGAGCCAGCUGGCGGCCCUUCAGCAAAGCUCGCUGCUCCGUAAAGUCAAGAGAACCCUGCCAAGCCCGCCUCCAGAAGAAACUACUACAUCGGUUCAUCUGCCUCUGAUGACUCCUGCCCUCCAACAGGUCUACUUGCCAUCCGUGCCCAGCCACAAGCCCAGCUCCAGGUCUGGCCUAGCCGCUAAAGCCAGCCUCCUCAAAGACCUCACCCAUGAGCUGAAGGCUGUAGAGCAAGAAUCAACCAAACUGAGAAAGCAGCAAGCUGAGCUGGAGGAAGAGGAGAAAGAGAUUGAUGCUAAGCUGAGGUACCUCGAGCUAGGGAUCCACCAAAGGAAAGAGACGCUGGUCAAGGAGAGGGAGAGGAGGGAUAUUGCUUAUCUGCGGUGCAUGGGCGACACUCGGGACUAUAUGUCAGAUAGCGAAUUAAAUAACCUACGAUUAGCGGCUGCAGCAGCAUCACAUGAGACCAAUGGACUACUAACGAGACCAAGUACUGCUCCUCUGAGCCAUUUCACCAACGAUCUGAACACAGCAGCCCAAUACCCACCCACAUCGUCUUUCCUUUCCUCGCAAUACCCCCAGAGCCAACCAGCAGCCCCCACUCAAUCAAGUUUGCCCUACCAGUCCUCCAGUCCCUUUAACCAGCCUCCUUACCCAACAGUGUCUCAGUCCCAGGCACUGCCGCAACCGACACCCCUCCAGAGCCAUGUUCACCCUUCGGGACCAUCAUACCAAUCUCAAACAUCAUACUCUUCCCACACAUACCCCCAAACUCAACCCCCAUAUCCCCAAACUGACAUUGGGUUGCCAGCCGCACCGCAACCUCAGCCUCAACCAGGGCACACGGGUUUCGGGCCCGCACCACCCGGUCAGCCCCCAUACCCCACCCACAGCUCACCUUAUCCAAGUGCUGUGUCCUCUUACCCCAGCCAGAGCACCCCUUACCCUGGGCAGCCCCAAACCGAUAUUUUGACAGUGCAUCAUGGAAGGCCCAGACAGACGUCGCUGGCCGAUUUGGAGCAUAAAAUGCCCACCAAUUACGAGACAAUCAGCAACCCUACCGUUGUGGUUACCACCACGGCACAAGACAGCACCUACUCCAGUUCAGCCCCCGCGUAUGGUCAAUACACUGGAACGACAACCAUGGCCAACUAUGGACCCUAUGGCUCGGCAACGGUGUCCAGCAGUUACGGCGGGUUCACGACCAUGCCGCCUAGCACGUAUGGACAGUAUACAUCCACCACGAUUAGUUCGUACGGCCAGUACACCACAACCACCACUAAUGCUUAUUCCUACACAACAACAGCAAGUUCGUAUGGACAGUAUACACCAACGGUAUCCAAUGCCUACGGGCAUGCUGUGGAUAGUCCGUCCACCUACAGCACAGCGGAAGGAAUGUAUGGGGCGCCUGGCUUAGAACAAAACAUCCCGAGGAACUACAUGAUGAUUGAUGAUGUAAGUGAGCUGACGGCAAAAAAUGGGCUGGGCACGACAACGGUGGACAUGAUGCAUCACGGCGGCACUGGACGUUAUCCCGGCGACACCCACGGGCACAGCACCACCAUUGGCGGCACGACGCGUGGGGGAACUGGCAGCUCCAUGUACGGCAGGGCACCCGAGGAGGAGGCAGCGAUGCAGGAAGAAUUGUACGACCACCAUGGCAGGGGUAAGAGCAGCUACAGGCACGGACCUCUAGGGGGCAGCAGCAGCGUGAGCACUAGCUUGGGUGGGGGAUCCUCCUAUUACUAUGACUACGACUACAAACACGACAGCUUCCGAUCUGGGGUGCAGAAAUCUUCAUCCCCUAGAAGCCUUCUGGCUCCUGCUGUCAUGUCCACCAAACGCAGCAAGCACAGGAAACUCGGCGGUAUGGAGCAGAAAAUCUCGAAGUUCUCCCCUAUUGAGGAGGCACGGGAUGUCGAGGCAGACCUAGCCUCCUAUUCUUCAGCAUCUGGCGGUGGUUACGCCGCCGCCCAUAUUCGGGGACGUCAACUGAUAGAGGACUACGGCUUUAAGAGGAGUACAUACGACGCUGGAAGUGGCACCGCCCAUAGUAGUCGAUACUACGGCUCAUUGGGGGAGGAGGAUGAUCGGAUCUACUACACUUCCACCGGCCGCUCCCGCUCCACCGGAUAUGGCAUGGACAAGAUCACAGCCAAAGACUACUCUGGGUACCGCAGCAGAUCCUACGAGAGGGACGACCGCUCCUACCGAUGUGGCUACAAUCGAGGGCGGCACCCAACCAGGCAGUACUCUGAAGAAGAGAGCCCACUCAGUCCACUGGGGAGACUCAUGAGCUCCGGGCGAUCGUCCAGCUUAGGCCCCGACCCCUACGACAGUCGCAGCAGUAGAUACCAUUACUAUUACGGCCAAUAUGGUUCCAGUCACUCUCUGCCAGAUGUGCAAGACCACAUCCGAGACCUACCACGGACCCAUGUCUACAAGUCGGAUGAUACGUACUUAAUAGACGAUUAUCAUUGUGCUGUGUCAGACAGUGAAGCCUACCAUCUGGGCCAGGAAGAAACUGACUGGUUUGAGAAGCCGCGCUCCAGUUCUCGCCACUACGGCAGCAGCCACUCGACCGGAAGGAGUCGCCAUGGUGUCAAACACACCUAUCAUGAUUAUGACGAGCCUCCCGAGGAGGACCUGUGGCCCCAGGAUGAGUACAGCCACGGAGGGCGACACGCUUCGUCCCGUGACCAUCGGCACCAUGGAAGCUCGAGUCGACACUCGUCUUCAACACGUCAUUCAGAUGAACCAAGGUCUUCUCGGUCAUCUAAGGGCCACCCAAAAGACACGUCUAUGCGGCACGACCCUUCGGGACGGUCGUCAUCGUCAGGAAGACGUGGAGAUUCGAGGUCCGGAGGCUACCACUCGUCAGAAUACUCCCGGGAUUCAUCUGGUCACCAUCAUAGCCAGAGAUCCUCCAGGCAAGGGGAUACACAUCGCUCUUCCCGCAGCAAGUCUCAGCAACAAGUGGACAUGCAGGGCCAAGCACCAGGUGCCCCUAGGUCUGGCACCUCUUCAAGAGGUCAGGGUCCCACAGGUAGUACGGCGGGAUCCGGACGACCGAGUGGUCAAGUAUCCCAGAAUGACGGUCCUCAAGGACAGAGGACUCAGCUCCAACAGCAAGCCCAGACUUCCACAGUCAGGCCAGGGCAGCAAGGGACUCCAACCACCACGAGUGCUCAGCAACAGCCCCCAGCCCAGGGACAGAACAUGGGGAUGGGGCAGGGUCAGGCCAAACCUGGUCAAAUGGGAGGAGGAGCAGCAAGUGGGCCAAUGGGUCAGGCCAGACAGAUGGGUCCAACAGGAACCACAUCGACCCCUAUGGCCAAGAUUGAGACACCUCCAGCCACAGCCAUUGGAGCAAAAGCAGCCCCUGUAAUGGCCUCAAAAGGAGCUCAACCACCACUCACGGGCAUAGGCUCCAAAGCUGCUCCCCGGCCAGGAGGGAUUGGCAGUGCAGCAGCAGGUCAGCCGGGCAUGGAGGGAGACAGCAUGUUGUCCAAGAUCCUGCCAGGAGGAGCUGCUGAGCAGGCUGGGAAACUGGGAGAAGCUAUAUCCGGUUUUGGCAAAAAGUUCACCUCUUUCUUCUGAAGUGCUGCGUUUAAGGACUAUGUAAAAACACAAAGCCAUGAGACCUUGUACCAGAAAAACCUGUGAUGUUCCUGUUUUUUAAUUACCUGGGAGAGAGACAGAAGGAGAGAGAGAGAGAGAGAGAGAGAGAGAGAGAGAGAGAGAGAGAGGGCAGAGUGAAGACCCAAGCAUAUUGAUAUUCCAAACUGUCAUCGGACAUCGUGAAAAGACAUCAAACCGACUCCCCUUCCUGCGCUGAUUAUGAAAAAGAGCCAACUGGUGGCUGAAGCAUAUUGUUUUGCUGCCGUCAGUCGCUACCACAUGGAUUUGGAUAAAAAAGGGAACGUUAAAAGGGAUCCGCCGCCAUGACACGUGUAUGAAAACGACGCCAUCAUUUGCUGCUUUUUCCUUGUCAGCAGCAUAUAAAAGGACCAGCUUGGGAUGCCUGGGACCGAUUGGAGAAAAGACCUCAGCUCUAAUCUCUCUCUAUUCCAAGGAAAUUUUGAGAAGCGAGGAACAUGGAAUAAUAACGAUACUGCAGGUUUUUCUGGUACUGCAUACCUCUUCUUUCUUCCUGUCAAAUUCCCGAGAAAGCAUCACGUGGAAUGAAGAAGACAACGGUGGCCGUUUCUUUUCCACAGUUUCGAUCCACAUUCCAGAUUAUUCCUCCCGUACUUCCUCGCUUUCCUGAAUGCCCGUUCUGUUUUGUAAUUCUCAAAUACUCCUUAAUGUGUAUUUAAUGAAGUAAAACAUCAGAGGGAGAAAAUAAUAAUAGUAAUAAUAAUAAUAAUAAUAAUAAUAAUAAUAUGUAGGACGUUGGAAUGCAUGGAAUUUUAUAUCCCCAAGACCUUUACACUGUUCAUCAUCACUAAACGGAGGCCAUAAAGACACGGCAAAACGCAUUGAGGCAGGAAUGGAGAGAUAAGCGAAAUACAGGAAGUGGUUGUGGUGCGGUUGGUUUUCAGGCAUGAACAAGUCAUUUAACUUGGUUACAUUUGGUUAUACCGACUGUGAUAUAUUCCACAUUUGUUUUUUGUUUUUUUAUGUAUGUCUUCUGUUUUUUAUUUUAUUUCCUUUCAUUUCCCCUCAAGGCCUUAAUUACGUUUCAUUUUGAAGUCAAAGUGGACUAUUUUUUUAUGAUAUCAUUUAUAUUUGUAUCUUUUUUUCUAUUGUUUUGUAAUUGUAAUGCUUUGGUUGAUUUUUUUGUUUGUUUUUUUUUUACACCCCUGGAGAAGUAUGAUAUACAGAAGCAAUAGAGUAAGAGGCGUUCAAGAGCACAAUUGUGUGGUGCGGUAGAAAUGUGUUGCCUUCGUCUGUCUAACUUGCCAAUGAUGUAACGCUCAUCAAUCAUGCAGUGCAAAGCAAAAGUCCUAGGCCACUGUUUUUUGUGUUUUAUACAUAUAUUUUAAUUAUUAAUUAUGUUUAAUUAUGCUUAAUUAUGUUGGGUUUUUUUUUAGCAAACUCAGGAGGGCAUCAGUCUCCACCAAGGAACAGGAACUAAAUGCUAAAAGGUUGAACUCCAAAUUAGUAAUAGAAUUGGGCUGCACGGUGGUCGAGUGAUAAGCACGCAGGCCUCACAGUUAGGAGACCCGAGUUCAAUUCCACCCUCGGGUGUUCUCCCCAUGCAUGUGUGGGUUUUCUCCAGGUACUCCGGUUUCCUCCCACAUUCCAAAAACAUGCUAGGUUAAUUAGCGACUCCAAAUUGUCCAUAGGUAUGAAUGUGAGUGUGAAUGGUUGUUUGUCUGUAUGUGCCCUGUGAUUGGCUGGCCACCAGUCGCUUGUGAGGAUAAGCGGUAGAAAAAAAUGAAUUUUAUCCAGAUCCUCACCAAAAGUGAAUGGGACUGCUGUGAAAAAAAACAAAACAAAGCUAGUAGUGGCCUAAGACUUUUGCACAUGACUGUUACCCCUAAGUACUAAUUUGUGGCUUAUUAAUAUAGUAUAUACAGAUCCUCUUUGAUCAAUAAUAUUGGGACGUUGUAGCCAGGAGUCAUUACUGGAGCCCAGAGCAUUGCAGGGUAUCACAACCCGGACUUGUCAUCAUCACUUGGGAAUCUGCCGGCUGUGUCACAUGUCAUCGCCAUCAUCAAGCGUCAGCACUCAAAUGCACGCCGCACACGAAAGCACACUUUAAAAUGGUGUCAAUGACAGGAAAAAAAAAACAAGGAACCAAAAAAAAUUCACUUUUUUUUUUUUUUUUACACUUUUUCAUUUUCUAUCUCCCCUGACUGACCUGCAACCUCUCUCAGUUGUCAUGGAAACUACUCAGGUCAGUGUUCACCCCCCUGCUGAUGAUGCUCCUGCAGUGCAUUGUGGGAUCUGUGCUUUGCUACGUCAUCCAAUGUGCAGUGCUGUCAAGGCUGAACAUGACAAGCAGAAACACGUCUGUUGUAUAUUGUCUACAUACGAAUGCUCACCGGGGACCUUCGCAUGCUGCCCGGCGUCGACUUAAAAAAAAAAAAAAAGAAGAAGAAAAACCUCAAAGUCACCUCUAUAUUGUUCUGUUCCUAACGUUUGUAUGUUUGUAUGAGUGGAGCGGUUCUUUACAUAUGUGUCCGUGAAAAGAAAACAGUUCAAUCAACAGCCACAAGUAUGGUGGGUGGGGAUACAAGGCAGACCUCUCAUUUCCACUCGUUCUAUGCAAUGAAUCGCAUUUGGAGAAACAAAUAAUAAUAAUAAUAAUAAUAAUAAUACAAACACGAUAAAGAAAUGAGGCGAAUCAUGGGGAGGAAGUCACAAUCAUUUGCUAUCAUGUUGUUUUGACAUUUUUCAUAAAGAGCAACAUAAGCAGGAGGCAUUUGUUUGUGUUAAUGAAUAAUAAGGAUGGUUAUUGUUUGGUUUUGAGCAGUGUUUUUCAACCUUUUUUGAGCCACGGUAUGUUUUAUUACAUCGGAAAAAUAAUGCGGCACAUCAAUAACAACCUCACGUGCAUCGCUAAGUCCACUGCAGGAACGAGGCAAUCGAGUUACGUGUUGCCACACGGACGAUUAUUGCGUUGCUCCGCCAGUGUUUACGCUUCGGAAACUGGACAAUGACGUAAUAUUUGCAGAAAAUGAUUAAUAAAUGUUCAUUUAAAAAAAUUAAUUGGGCACAGUGGUUGAAAAACACUGGUUUAGAGUGUUUGACAACUUUGUGGCUUUAAGGUUGAACACAAAAGGCACAUAUAAGGUUUAGUUGAGAGACUUCAUAUAUGACGAUUUAAAAAAAAAGUAUAUAUAUACAAAGUCCUGCGACUGUUACGUAUCUAAAUGUUGGGGGAAGAAAAAAAAAUGAUUGAACAGACUUUUAGUAUUAUCUAACUGCAUCCCGGGCCAAGUCAGAUCCUCUGACGAGCCGUAUUUGGCCCUCAGGCUGCAUGUUUCUCACCACCGGGUUCCAGGAUAUAUUUUACCCAGGGGUUGAUAGCGAUGGCGGCUGAAAUUAAAAGAUAACGAUCAGCAGCCUGAAUGUUUACUUCCAAUAAUAUCGUAUUGUUUUGCGUAAAUAUCAGUAAAAUGCCACUAAACACAAAAUAACUAUUUUUUUGUGAAAUAUUUAAAAUGUUAUUUUAUAAAAAUUAAGAGAAAUAUAUAGCCGGAAGGAGUAAGAUGAAAGUGUAUUAAUAUAGGAAUAUAGGAAAGUAUGUUUAUUAACCACAGCCAUUAAAAGACAUAAUAGUUUUACUUUACCUAACAUAGAUGAGAUCUUCAUGAGUUCUCAUAAUUACAUUUUUGCUCAUUUAUUAGUCCUGUCUAAAUGUUUGAAUCUGAACUCCAGGUGAUUUAAAUUAUGCAUAAAGCAGCAAGGGCUUUUAUCCUAUAUUAUGAGUAAUUGAAGAAAGCCAUUCAACCUAUUGUGCUGUCUGUGAAUUCACCAGUCCACACAUUUAAAGCACAAAUGUAGACGGUAAGCGUUAUAUAGCGGAGAUGAAAUCCACUUUAGGUCAAACAAAGCUCGUAACAUUCUCCAUGCACCUAUAAACUGUGUUUUCAAAUGGAAAAUGUUGGGAAAACAGAAAUGAAAGUAAUCAUUUUGGAUGAUUUAUUAUAGUUUGAGGCCCUGAGAGGACAUAGAGUGUUUUUCUUUUAUAAGUUAGCUAGCCUCAGCAAUAAUUGACUACUUUGUCUUAUGUGUUAAAAAAAUUGUGCGUGUAUUUAUAUAUAAAUAAAUUUAAAUAGAAUUUAAUUUUCCCAAAAAGUUUACGGCAGAAAAAGAUAAAUAUAUGUUGUGCAUUUACAUUUUAUUUUUUAAUAAUUUUGCUGAUUUUACAGCCAUGAAAAAAAUGUAAAUAUUGUGUACUUUUACACAAUAGUUAAUUAUUGUGUAAUAUUGUGUAAUUAUUUUACCCACUAAUUUUCUUUUUUUUUCUUCACAAAUCCGACAGCCAUUAAACAAUAACAAAAUAAAAACAACUUAAGGCAUGUAUUUAACAAUUAUUUUUUAAUGUUAUUUAUUUUUUUGGAAUCAGCGAUUACAGGCAUCACAUAUUGUUUGUAAAUGUUACAUUAUCAACUUAAUAUUGGGCGGUACUUUUACAGCAAGUGAAAAAACAGAAAUUUGCAAUAAAAUCUAAUUUUAUUAUUUGUCCCCUUAAUUUUACAGUGAUAAAAUCGACAAAGACAGUUUUUUUGUAUGUUUUCCAGAACAAAAAAAACGUAGCAUUCAGGUGUACAGUAUGUUGUAGGACAGUGACCACCAUCACUGUUAUGGUAAGAUAGAUUAUAAAGUAUAAAUAAAAUAUCCAUCCACAAAGAUAUACAGUAUAUGAAAGAUAAAUUAUGAGAGGAAGCAGCUAGAAAAUAAUUAUUUUUUUGUUUCUUAAAAACAUGCAUGAACUGACACGUGUACCCACCCAUCGAAGAACUCCACCCAUCCAAGCCCCUCCCCUUUUGACCUUUUGAGCCUCGUUGACAUUCCACCUCGGGCUGCCAGGUUUUUUUUUUCUCUUUUACUGUAAACUUAAAAAUAAAGUUUUGCCCAAUGUAAAUAGCAGGUGAGGGCCGCCCACGUUAGACAGCAACACGACACGUGUUCUUUCCAACCUGGAUGUGUCAGCAGCGGCCAUAUUAACACACAGGCACUAACGGGGUGGGGGGGGGGGGGGGGGUCUUUUGCACACCACACGGAGCGUAUGCAACCCUGAGCCUCCAAUUACCCCAACAUGUGCUUUUUUUUGUGUGUGUACAAAACGACAUAACCAACAGCAAGAGCUCACUUGAAUGAUAGCGGACAAUAAUUUGCAUCGUGCGUGUGUGGCUGGCUCAUGCCGACUGUUUUAAAACCAUUAAAAAAAAUUAUAAUCUGAUAUAAAAGAAACAAAAAACAUAAUGGUCUGUGUGGAGUUUCUAUAAAUGUUGUGUUUGUAAAAUGAGAUGGCAUCAAAAACAAAAAGUUUUUUUUUUUCCUGAUCCUGUGUAAAUUUUUUGGG